AUGGCUGAGCUCAAGGCAUCAAUAGCUGGAACCGCGGGAAAGUCACCGCCCGCAACAAUUCGCGGGGAUUCAACGUCACUGACUCCGGGGAGCCACAGGAACCAAAACUGUCAUUCUUAUCGGUGUGGCUUAACUCCCUUUAUUGCCCUGGACCCAAAGGGCCGCAAAGUAACAUGGUAUGCAUGUGGCCCUACUGUCUACGAUGAUGCACAUCUUGGCCACGCAAGAAAUUACGCCAGUACGGAUAUCAUUCGUCGCAUUUUGAAAGACUACUUCAAAUUUGAUGUAGAGUUUGUCAUGAACAUUACCGACGUGGAUGAUAAGCUCAGAGGUUCAACUGUGCCAGGGGAUGCGUAUGAAAUUUUCACAAAACUCACGAAGAAGUAUGAAGAACAUUUUAUGCGCGAUAUGAGAGACCUCAAUGUGCUUGAUCCAGACGAAAUAACAAGGGUCACCGAAUACGGCCAGGAGAUUGCAGAUUUUGUGGAGAAAAUUGUGACAAAUGAUUUUGGCUAUGUGACGCUGGAUGGCUCUGUUUACUUCGAUAUCAAGUCUUUCGAGAAGGCCGGGCAUCCAUAUGCACGAGACGGCGAGGGGACGUUAUCUCAUGCUGUCGAGAAAAGGUCCCCUGACGACUUUGCCAUUUGGAAAGCAUCACGUCCAGGUGAACCUAGUUGGAAGAGCCAAUGGGGACAAGGCCGACCGGGUUGGCAUAUUGAAUGUUCUGCAAUGGCCUCCAGCCGACUAGGGAGCCAAAAUGAUAUCCACUCUGGUGGAAUCGAUCUUGCAUUUCCCCACCAUGAUAAUGAACUUGCCCAAAGUGAGGCAUAUUGGUCAGAGAAGAAGCAGCAAUGGGUGAAUUACUUUCUACACAUGGGACAUUUGUCAAUACAAGGGUCAAAAAUGUCAAAGUCACUGAAGAACUUUGCCACUAGCUGUGGAAUUGGCUGGGAAGGAACUGACAUCCCCGAACCGGCAAAACAAUUUCUUUAUCCACUCUCAGCGAUGCGUGACGCCUUGCGUGAAGCCACGAAAUCACAAGGCGAAGUAACGCAUCAGCAACUCAAAGCUAUCACCGCGGAGACAAUUGUAGAUGAGCGCCUAGUAUCUCAGGCGUCCAGGCCAUACUUCCAAGUUUUCAGAGAUUUCCACGCCCGGAUAUCUCCAAGUAACUCGGAAGACACACCAACGUCAUCCAAGGAAUUGCUUUCCUUGUGCGAUCGAUUACGAGAUGUUGAGCUCUUUGACCUUGGUAUUUAUCUUGAAGAUCGCGAGAAUAAACCUGCAUUAGUCAGGCCUGUGACUAGGGAUUUAUUGCAGUCUCGCGAAGAACAUGCGCGCAAAAUGCUACUCAAGCAGCAGGAGAAGGAAAAACAAGAAAAGCUUGCCAAAGAACGAUUGGAAAAGGGAAGGCUCAGCCACCUGGACAUGUUCCGAACCAGUGAAUUUAGCGCUUGGGAUGAAGAUGGGAUGCCGACGAAAGACGCAGUUGGUGAACCUAUAAACAAAAGUAGAAGCAAAAAGUUAAGAAAAGGUUGGGAGCGGCAGAAAAAAGCCCACGAGGCUUGGGUCGCAAGCCAACGCACAGACUCUUAA